UCAUUUAUAUUCCUCAAAAGAAAUCAAAUACUUACUAAAAAGGAAAACCAAGUCAAUAAUAAUAGUAAUUAAAAAUAUUUAUAUAUAUAUAUAUAUAUUGUGUGCUGUGGAAGCAGAGGCGGAGAGCCUUGGUGAUAGAGACAAGUUUUUCUUCGCCACUGAAGCACGAAGAAUCGGUUGGAGUCAUAACUGCGCUAUUGUAGCUCCAUUACUGCAUUUCACAAAAACGUAUCAGAGCCCAUUAAUUGCUUCUUGUUUAUCCUGCGAUUUCCCCUUAUUUUCGGUCUCUUGUCGAGGGACUCCCUACAAUCCCUAGUGCGGCGCUGAGUUUGAGUUGGGUGACCGAUUUUGCCUCAAGCAUCGUUUUUUCCGCUUCAAAAUUGUCCGAGAUUUGCAUAAUGGAGACGGCCAACGCCGAUUCCGAGUCGAAGAUGGACGAAUAUGAAGCAGUGGAGCAGAUUGGGAGAGGCGCCUUCGGAGCUUCGUUCCUCGUCCUCCAUAAAAAUGAGAAUCGGAAGUGUGUUUUGAAGAAAAUUCAUAUGUCCAAGCACACCGAAAAAUUCAAGAGAACUGCUUACCAGGAGAUGAAUAUGCUUGCAAAACUACACAAUCCAUAUAUUCUCGAGUACAAAGGUGCUUGGGUUGAAAAGGGAAGCUGUAUAUGCAUUUUGACGGACUACUGUGAAAGUGGAAAUAUAGCUCAAAUUAUGAAGAAGGCAAGGCGCACUUUUUUUCCGGAGGAGAAAAUAUGCAAAUGGUUGACACAGCUAUUGUUAGCUAUCGACUAUCUUCACUCCAAUCGUGUCCUUCACAGGGAUCUCAAGUUGUCAAACAUAUUCGUCACAAAGGAAAACAAUAUUCGUCUUGGUGAUUUUGGAUUAGCAAAACUUCUCAAUGAAGAAGGCAUUGCUUCAUCGGUUGCUGGGACUCCCAACUAUAUGUGCCCUGAGCUUCUUGGCGAUAUGCAAUAUGGCUAUAAAUCAGACAUAUGGUCACUAGGGUGCUGUAUUUUUGAGAUUGCUGCUCACCAACAAGCAUUUAGGGCACCCGAUAUGGCUGGACUGAUCAACAAGAUAAACAGGUCUUUGAUCUCUCCGCUUCCAAUUGCCUACUCGUCCACUCUGAAACAGAUUAUCAAAAGCAUGCUGAGGAAGAGUCCCGAACACCGGCCAACGGCUGCCGAUCUGUUAAGACACCCUCAUUUGCAACCAUUCCUCCUUCGGUGUCACAACCCAUCUCCUGCAUUGCUCCCUGUAAAAUCUCCUUCUCCUAACACCAAGGAGAAAACGAGAAAAACAACACCUGGAAGUUCUUGCAGCGAGAAAGACAGCACAGAAAAAGAGGCGAAACUAAAACAAAAGGACCUACUUCCAUUGUUUGAAGAAAGUGUGUUUGACAUACACUACUUGAACUUACUGGAUGAUGAUGCCUUGAUGGAAUACAAACUUGUGACCAAGAGAGUUGAUCCCACAAGCUAUUCUGGGAAGAUUUCUCAUGACAGUGAAGAUUCUAAGAGUGAGAAAACAAGCGAGACAACUGCAUGCAAUGGAGAAGAUCCAGACACUUUUGACUCAUUUAAAGAGAGCAUCAACACCAUGGAUGCGUUUAAUUUAGCAGCAAAUGUAGUUUCUGAAGAACAAGAGACAUAUCUCCACAAUGAUAUGAAAUUGGAAGUUUUGGGCCAGGAUAAUGAGAUGAAGCUCAAUGCAGAGCCUUUGUGCAGUCCCCAGAUCACUGAGGAAACAGAAUUGAAGGCAGAUGACAGUAAAGAUGAAGCAGUUUCAAUUCUUAACAAAGAGUCACAAACCCCCUCCAAUGUCGAGGCAGUAUCAAUAGUUAACAGAGAGACAGAAACCCCCUCAAGUGUUGAGGCAGUACCAAUAGUUAACAAAGAGACAACAACCCCCUCAAGUGCUGAGGAAAUGACCGGUGCAAGUUCUGUAGUGCUGCCUGACCACAAGCAAGCCGAAAAUAAUGAAGGCGUGGUGGAGAACACUACACAGAAUGUCAAGGAUGAAAGCUCAAGCGAGUUAACUCAGAUUAAGAAAGAAGACAUUCUACUAAUAAAUCAAGCACUGAGCCAUGAACUGUCAAGAACACAAGAGGGCGAUGGAACCAUGGGCCUGUGGGAUCAUCCCCGUCUACAAAGAGCUGAUGCAUUAGAGUCCUUGCUUGAACUCUGUGCAAGAUUGCUGAAACAGGAUAAGUUUGAUGAGCUAUCUGGAAUUCUACGGCCAUUCAGUGAAGAUGCUGUCUCUUCCAGAGAAACAGCAAUCUGGCUUACAAAAAGCCUAAUCAAUGCACAAAAAUUUGCCAAAGAAUCCUAGCUUUUCAAGAUUUGGACAUGGUCAGUGUUCCCUAAUUUGAAUAGUUGGCCCUUUUUUUUUUUUAAAUAUCUUUUAUACCAUGGUUAGCCAUGUUAAUGUAGUUUCUUUGUGGAGACAGAAAUUGUUGGAUUGAAUUUUGAGGGUCGGAUGAAUCAUGGCAUGUAUUUGGAUGUUUUACCUGUUGGAUUUGUUGAGGAUUGCUUGAGAUUUGUCAAUACAAUUAUCCACAUUUGUUCA